CAGAAACUGCAUUGACUGCUUAACCGCUUGCUGUCAUCUUGUACUCUCUCCUUGCAAGAAUAAAACAGGCAAAUUCAUUGACUCAGAUCUUUAUUAUAAAAAAACCAUCCACAGCAGAAAGUCGACUGAGGUUAACAAUGGCAGCCGCGAUGUCAUUGUGGGUGGUGGCUACCGUGUUUUAUGGAGCCUCCUUAGGAAUGACACAGGCUUCAUGCAACGGGCUUUUACUUGACAUGGCUGCGGAUGCUGUUGACGACAUGUACGACGGCUGCAGAGACAAGAUGGAGUGCAAAGUGAGGAGGGACUAUCUACUCAAUGAGCAGAACCAAGACAAAAAGAUGACACUGGCCUGGACAGAAGCUGAGGAAUACUACAAGAAAAAAUGGGGGCGCAAGAAGUCGAGGAGACCCUCCAGUGCACUGGGGAAAGAACAAAUAAUGGCUAUUUAUAUUUACUCCCUUGACAAACCCCCAAUCUACUUAGAUUUCAAUACUGCAGUGCGAAGCCAGAGGUCCAAGUACAAGACCACAUUCAGAUAUCACACGCUUCACUUCUUCCUGACAGAUGCCAUCAAAACUCUGAGGUCACGUCGGACUGCAGCAGAAAAAUGCGUGACCAUCUUCCGAAGGGUGAAUGCUUCCUUCCGUCAAAAAGAUCUCAACAAACCGAUCCGCUUCGGCGCUUUCACGUCUGGUUCAAUGGGUCAGUACCUGAGUGCAGAAAAAUACGGAAACAAAACAUGCUUUGAGGUGACCACAUGCUUUGGAGCAGAUAUCUCACUCUACUCUAAGCUUGGAGAGUCUGAGAGGGAAGUCUUAAUUCCUCCCUAUGAGCUUUUCAAGGUGACCAAGAUAGAAAGAAGCACUGCCAACAUGAUACUUCCGUGUGAGGUGGUUUACCAACUGAAAAGUAUGGGGAAAACACAGUCCAAUUUGAAUUGUGCUCUCUUUUCAAACUAGAAAACAUUUGAUUUUGAGUACAAACAGUUCCGCUUAAGGUAGACCAGAUAUGUUCAAUGUCCAGCCCAGGGGUUAAAAAAUGAAACAUGCCCACAUCAAAACUUUACAAAGGAGCAUCAGGGUGACAUGUAAAAUAAACAGUAGGAUAAAAGUUAUAAUGUUUCCAAAAAAAAGUUGAAAUGUUACAAGAUAUCACACUCAAGACACCCUUGAAGAUAAGAUAAGAUAAAAUAAGAUAAGAUAAGCCUUUAUUAGUCCCACAAGGGGAAAUUCCAGGGUUGCAGCAGCAAAAGCAAGAGUACAAAAAGCACACAAGAGCGUAGAAAGUGCAAAAUCAAGACAAUCAGGCAAAUAUAAAACUAAAUGCAAUUAAUUGUUCUACUUUAGCCAAUGCUUUUUUGCUAACAUAGGUAGACUGGAAGGAAAGUACUGUGGUACGGUAGGUACGUACUGCAGGUAGCAGGUGCAGUGAGGUUCUUGACUGGUGAAUAGGGGUGGGUGUACUCCAUAGAGCGAGACCUUGCAAAUCCAUCCAAUGAAAAAGUGAAAAUCAUGCGCAUGUAUAAGUCUUUGUAUCUACUGCAGUGUUGUUGUAAUGAUAAAUUGUCGUUGCCAAUAAAUGUGUGUGUGACCAUUUCAUCCAGCACAGGGUAGCAGAGACACAUUUCAUUGCUAUUGUCACUGUCACUGUCUUUGUUUUUAUUUUUUUUUUGUUUACAUGUCGUGUACAGACUAUGAAGUACUGAAAAUAAAUUUUUCCAUCUUC